AUGGCGAGCUUGGAAGACCUCUACGCCGUCUCCCGUCGCCUGUGCUUCGACGUCACCGAGGGAUUGUCCAAGCUCGAGCGCGACGAGGGACGCGGACACGGCGUGAACGAUGGAUUGGCGAGAGAGAUGCGGACGCGCAUGGGAGAGCUGAAGAAGAUUACGAGCGAAAUGGAGCGACAGUGGAGAGCGAUGGCGAUGACGGCGUCGAUCGCGAAGAGCGAUACGUGGAAGAGAAAAGUUGAACACGUGAUCGAGGAAACGGAUCAUCUGGAGAUGUCGUUGCAUAGAUUUGGGUCGCGAGAGGAGCGUCGGUUAAACGAACAAAAGGAGCGCGAAGAUUUAAUGCGCAGAGUGACCGACGACGAGGGGUUUCGUUCGCUCGUGGGAGAGUACGACGCGGAAUCUGGCUCGAUGAAAUCAGUUCGGCGGUCGGGUUCGAUGGUGGAUGAAUUGCUCGAGCAAGGGGCGAGCGUGCUUGGCAAUUUGAGCGAACAAAGCGCCACCUUGCGAAACGUCAAGCGCAAGGUCUUCAGUUUGCUCGACAAAAUGGGCGUGUCAUCGAGUUUGUUGCGAGUCAUUGAUCGGCGACAGAGACUGGAUGCCAUCUUAGUGUAUGGAGGGAUGUUCGCAACGGUGCUCAUUCUUUUCAUCGUUUGGAUGUUCUUCUCGCGUUGA